AUCACUCGCACUCGUCUCAGGGGACGCAACUCUCGCGCAGCAUUCCAGCGGCCGACAGCUGAGCGCCAACAUUUUAACUGACCGCAGUCAACAGUCGGACUAGACCUACUUUGUGCCAGUUAAACAAGCCUCGUAAUUACCAAGUAUUAUCGAGGCAUCAUGAACUCAUCAGACAAAAAGUCGUUCAUUCCUCGCCUCGUGCAGGAAUUCGAUCGUCAACCCAAAGUCAGGGUUGGUAGUAAGUCAGCCGUUAAACACACAGGACCGUUGCACAGGCAGCCUCCUAACCCAGGACUUUUUCAAGAGAACAAUGAUGCUGUGCAUAACAGUCUGCUGAGGCUUGAUGCUGACAAUGCCCACAUGAGGGAAACACUUGAAGAGGGUCUCAGGGAUGCUGAAGAACGCCUGGAAGCAAUGAAGAAAUUGAUGGAGGAGAGAGAGCGACGACAUGCUGCACGCAUGGAGGAGUCUUCGAAACGAAACCAAAGUCUGGAAAAAGAAAUAGAGGACAUGGAAAAGAAACUUCUUGAAAACAACAUCAACCCAGUGACCUCAGAGACUCUGGAAGCCAGUUCUGAAGAAACUGAAGCUGUAAAAAAAGAACAUAAAGUGACAAAGGAUGAUGUCAAGAAGAUGCGGAACAGAUUGAAAGAGAUGAAUGAGAAGUCAGACAAGUUUCUUGUUGACAUACAGCACAUUUUGCAAGAGCUGUCAGAUUUAGAAGAAUCCAGUGCCCGAGCUGGAGGGUUGCCUGUAAUGGAUAUACCAACUGAUAACCCAGUCCUGCUAACAGAUGAUGUAUCAGAAGUCCCUGGGGGUCAUCCAUGUGAUGCUGGAAUUAACAACUCACCUGUAGCUGUUGUAUCAUGUGGUUCACCAUCAGAGGAGGAGCAGCUUUUGCCAACAUCAUCUAGAGCAUUUUUCACAGAAACAUAGAGUGUAUGUUUAUCACAAUGAGGAACCUCACCAGCAGCUAUGACAUCUGGGUCAUAGCAUUGGAAAAACAGCCUCUGGAAUUGUCUGGAGAGUUUUUCUUAGAAACAGUGUUUACCAAUCUCACUGCACGGAUUAAUAUGAUGGCACUUCAUUUCAAUGCUGAUUAUUGUUUAGUAGCCUCAUGCCUCUGGCUAUACACACUAAAACCAAAACAUUAUCAAAGCACAUCACAACAUUAUGACAGUCUUUGUGAUGUCACACUUCACAACAUGACAGUCUUUGUGAUGUCACACUUCACAACAUUAUGACAGUCUUUGUGAUGUCACACUUCACAACAUUAUGACAGUCUUUGUGAUGUCACACUUCACAACAUACACGACAGUCUUCGUGUAACACACUUCAAGCUAAACUUGAAGACCUUUAACAGUAUUCUGGAAGUAUGAGCUUAUACAGCCCACAGAUUUUGCUCCACACUGUCCUGGCGUGCUCCAAAAGUAGUUGUACCUGGCAGCAGCUUUGUUUGUAGAUACUGUUCUAAGGGAGACCACUCUGCCCUCGGUGGGAAAUACAGUUAUUAACCCCAUAUUUCCUACAUGCGACUAUGGAGUUCAUGCUAUCUUUUGUUCGUGCAACAGCGGACAGAGUUAUGUAGUUAAUCUCCAGCAGCGUCAAGUAAGUUAAACAGGGUUUUUUCCUGCCAGUAUCGGCUGUCGUAAAUGUUAUCUUCCACAUGCAAGUAGACAAGCAGAGACAAAGGCAGUUUUUAUUUUUACCUUCUUUCUUGCAUUCCUUUUUUUUUCAUGUACCUAUUUGUUUCUACACUUGAAGCCCUCAUCUCCUCAGGAAGUUAAUGGUCUUAAUUAGACUUGCUGCUUACACUGAAAGGAGGCUGUUUCCGGCUGUAUCUCCCUGUGAAGGAUGUGUUCUGCAGUCUUUUUUGCUUCUCCACAGGGAUACAUGGAGAAUGGUGCAAAUGGAGUUUUCUAUUCAUGUAAUGGUUAAGUCUUUUUCUUUUAUGCCCAGUCUGAAGUCUAAAUAAAGCUACCUGUUCCUGACCGGACAGCUGUUGGUAACUGUCAUGUGGUGGUGGUGGUGGUCACCUCUUCCUGUCUGGAUAGCUGCAAGGGGAUUCACUGAUGUGAUUUGCCAGCAUUUGAGGUUUCAGUGUUUACUUUUUUUAAUGUUUGGCAGUUUAUACUUUUCAGCUGCUUGUAUUACAGAAAGGGCAUCUGUUAGAAAGACAGUUUGGUUAUCUUCAUCUGUUUUGGUUGGAUUGUUUGCUGCAUUGAUAUUCAUUUUAUUUUUGGCUUUAUAGUUAGAGUGGUGCAAACCUGUUGCCAGCACUGCUGUUUGUCUUUGCCCAUCUAAACAUUCAGUGUAUAGACCUCCUCCACUUCUCCUCCUUGUCCCUGGAGCUGAUCCAUUGGUGUAGACUCAUAUCCAUUCGUGUAGGUUUAUAUCCAAGCUUCUUUACGGUAUCUGUCCUCCGGCAGGACCAUUGUGAGUACUUGUUUCCUUUACAUUUGCUUCAUUUAGUCAGUAUGGAACUCUGGCACAUAUAGAAAUAGCUUUUGUUCCUUAUUUCCAUAGGAGUAGAUCAGAAAGGGUAUUCCAGGUCUUAAAGUGACGUUUGCUGACAGUUUCACUUUGUCUUAUCUGUAUCUCUCACAAAGAUUGAUCUUUUGAGUCUUUCUGUGGAGAGUUGUUUUUGUCUGGUGCUCAGUUUCGUUUUAUUUUAUAAGCUCUAAGCCCAGGAGGCAAUAUUAGCUAUAAUGUCAGAUCACGAACUUGUAUUAUUUUCAAAAAUCUCAGUUGCAUCCUCUCACAAAUAUCAAGACAUUGAAAAGCCCAGAUUUCACUUCCAUGCAUAAUUUUAUGCAACUAUCAAAGAGAUUAACUUGAGUGCGUAAGGGCAAGUGAAAUUUUUUACACUUCUUUAUCUUUCAAAUUUCGAUAUGCAUUUUUUUUUUUUUUUUUGGAAGCAGCAACUUGUUGUGAUGUAUGUUAUUUUUAGUGUGCUGACUGGUGACUAACAGAACACAACACUCCGAGACAAGCUGUUACUUGUAUUAGAAACUCAGAUACAAGAGAGUGGAAACAAGGGAUAUAACUAAGAUAUUGUAACAAUGUAACUUAUAUAAACCAUGUUUCUCUCAAAUGUUCCUUCUGUAACACUGAAAGAAAUCCAUAUGCUGGUGUCAUAUCUCAUGUAUAUGUGCGCACAGACCUGUGUGGAUGCACUUGCAUGUCAUUGUGUGCAUAGAAACAAAGACAAAGAGGCUGGGGAGACCUCACUUUUGUAAACUGACUGAAUUUUCUCUUUUACAUGUAUUUUAUUGGGGUGGAGGAAAAUGCAGGUCCAUAAAUGUAGUAGGGAGAAAUAUCACUUUCUGCUGCACAUAGUCUUAAAGAGGUUUGUGGAGUGGUUGAACAUCUAGUUCACCUCCAUUUUAUCUGACAGAACUAUAAGGCCCCUUCCCCUCCCACAAUGGAAAACUUAUUUCUAAAGGUUGAGCUUUUUUCCACUGCUUGUGCUGUUUUGUUAGGGACCCACAAUCUCUUGGCCGUCGUGAAACAGACCCUGUUGCGCAGAAAGGGAGACAAAAAAUAGAGUUGUCUCUCUUGCAUUACACCAAAGAUUUUUUUUUAAACCCAUACUUUCAAAAGACAACACUAAUACUUUGCUUGCACAGGGUAAUUCUGGUUUAAAGGUCAGCAUAUCUCUUAAGACACAACCUGCUUGCCUGUGUUGCAAAGUAAAGAUCAAAUGGUGCCAGAAGGUGAGUGUAAGAAACGAAUGUGCUGUUAUUUGUACCAGUCCACAAAUAGUCUGGAAACUGAACAGAAUUCAGAUUGUGCAGUCAGACAAAAAGUGGAGGAUAAAAUAAUGCCUGUCUUUGACAGGAUGUAUCAUGUUUUUCCUGCCACUUCAUCUACCACAGCUUUUCCUGAAUUUAAGUGUAAACAGUUUCUUUUAUAAGAAGGCUACUUUUUAAUGUUUGUAGUCUAUAGAAAAGAAAUGUAACAAUCAUUACUUAUGUCCAUUGUCUAAAGACAUAUAAAAAUAAGUUUUUGACACAGAUCUGUUGUCAUCCAUACAAGAAAUUCACAAUAAAGUUGCAUACGUAUUUACACAAAUCCAUUAUGAUAGCAAAUUGCCUGUAAUACAUUGAACUAGUACUUAUACUUAAAUUCUGGGAAUAAAUGAUGACAACACAA